AGAUUGAUAUUCUUCACUGGUCAAGGCGAUGUCAUGGAGAUGACCUUAGCAAUGGGAGCGACUUAUCCCAAAAUUGAUAAGAUCUUUGAUUAUGGGAGCGGUUUCAAGUUUUUGGAGGUUAUCUAUCCGUGGGGAUAUCAUGUGGCAGCUGUGGAUGAUGUGAAAAAUCUUGUGGUAAUGGAGUCCCAAAGUGGGGAAGAAGUAGGGAGGCUACAGUUGCCGGUGGAAGGAGAUAUUGUGAAUAUUGCCUCGCAUGUGGAAUAUCCUAUAAUUUUAAUUUCCACAUCCACCGGAGAAAUUUGUUCAGUGACACUACAUGACUACACAAAUCCUCGAGUAUUAUCCAAACAUCAAUUUGAAAAACUUCAAAUGGAUCUAUUGAAAUUUUCCCAGUGUUGUAGGUAUCUCAUCGCUGGCAGGAAAAAAUACGGUUUAUUUUACUGCAUUGAAUCAAUCGAAAGCUCAUCUUCUGCAGUUCGGAAAAUAGAAGUAGAUCAUAGGCCGCUAGACAUUAUGAUGUUUAACAAAAAUAGCGAACUUAUGAUUCUUAUGCUGAUUCUGCCCUUCAAAAAAGCAAAAGCAGCUAACUACCUGAUCAUCUAUAAACUUCUAGCGUCCGAGAAGAUGAUUGGAGACAUCGUGAGUGUUCUGAAACUGCCCACUCUAUACGAUAAUUUUCAUUACGGACUUGAAGCUAUGACGAUGGUAGCUUCGCCCUUCUCAUCCCGAAAUCUUCACAUUUUUAAAAUUCAAAAUGAUCAGAUUUGUCUGACGAAUGUGGGGCAAUCCCCUCAUAAAAUACGAGGAAUGAAAAUUUACUUGAAUAAACAUUGGAUGAUAAGUUACGGAUUUGAUGGAAUCAUUGGCGUUGUGAAAAAUUUCAAGAGUUUAGAAUGGUUGACGUAUAUAAAUUCCCAUCAUAGAGUGAAUUUCGGAGUAUCCACAGCUAUUUUGAUAGCGGAAGGUGAUUAUGUGGUCUCUCUCGGCAAUGAUGGAUCUCUUCUCGGUCUCAACCUAAUGAAAAGAAUGAAGGAUCCAUUGGAAUUAGCAGUUCAUUUUGAAAAAUAUCAAAUAGAUGAUAUAGAAGUGAAGAAAAAUAUCUCGAAAGAGUAUUUGGAACUCAAUCCUGAUAUUAUCCAAAUGCUUUCCCGUAGCUGUGAAAAAAUUCCACCAGUGGAAAGCGGAGUCAAGACUUGGGGUGAUUGGAUGGCAAGGCAGCAGGAAAUAAGGGAGGAGGAGCAGUCUGAAGAACUCAGAUCAUCUAUCAUGAAUGACUUCGAUAAACUGAAAAUUCAAGUAUCGAAGUUGUUAGAUGAGAACCAGAAGCUUCCGUCGCCGCAGAGACUUCCAAUUUCCGCCUUCGAUCUUGAUAUGAUCGAGAGGGAGCAGAAGAUCAAGAGUGCUAAAGAGGAGAGAGAAGAUCGACGACUUGAAUUGGAGUUCCAGUGUGCUCAGAUUGAAAAAGUUUCCAAAUGGAUAAGGAAGACCUUCUGGGAAGUGGAAGAUGUCAGACAACAGUCAAUAUUUGGCAUCUUCGAAAACAUUGAAGUAAUGAAUUUUCCUAGUUCUUCACCUGACCCUCAGGAGAAGGAGAUGACUCGUUGGCUACAAUGUUCCUUCGAUCUUGACGACAAUUGUCACAGUAUUGAUACAGAGCCCAGUGCGUACAGUUUAUUGAAAAAGCGCUACUCCCCUAUCGUUGGAAGCGAAGAGACAAUUGUGGGGAACUUUUUUGAAGAUGAAGAUGAAAUAGCUGUAAAAGACAAGAUCGAAGAGGUUCGGGCGGCUGCAGGGCUGACAACUUUCAGAUUCGUAGAGCCUUCCGGUGAAUAUUGUCAAUUUAACCAUUACACUUUCCGCCAACUCUAUCAGAUGACCACCGGUUUGAUUACUGAUUCUCAAACCCUGAAAAAUUAUUUCAACAAAUUGUUCAAUGAGGCGUUUAUGCUUAAAGAACGCGUCAUGUUGUCAGCGAGUCAAGUAAUCUCCCAAAUCCGUUUUGUCGAUUCUGAACUCCGAUUGAUGUUUGGGUCUUCGGUUCCUGAGAUACCUGCCGAGCCACAAUGGUCUUCUAAAGAGAAACCAGAAUCGAUUAUAACAGCGAGGGAUGACGAAAUCCCUGUGAAGCCUUACAUUACCCCGUCUGAGCAAGAACUACUGGAUAAACAAAUAGAAGAACAAGAACGAUUGAGGCUUCUCAUGCUGUCUGACGACUUUCGACGGAGGGCUCUCAUCGAGAUGAUGGACGGAGUUCUCGAAUUCCGUUGGGAGGACAUUAUCAAGAGAGAAAUACCCAAGCCUGACUUCAUGGAGACGAAGGAUCCUGAGGAUUACUCGAAGGAAGAAAUUUUAUUGGCGUAUAAAUACGAGCAACAAACCAUUGAGUUACAACAAGAACGGGAGAAAUAUAAGGGCUUUCUUGAGGCAAUGUAUUCGAAAAUUACCAAGACUUUUCGAGAGACAAUAGAAAAGUUCAACGUGAAUCUUCACGGGCUGUCUCUGACAAGGAUGCGGGUCGAAUCGGCAAUCCGUCAACUGGAUUUGAUAAGAGCCCGAUGGUACCUGCAAGCCUUGGAUCAAAUGAAUACGUUUAAUGAGACAAAACGACUUCAAGCUACGAUCUCCGAACAGAAAUCAAAGAUAGACAAAUUUGUUUCCUCAAACAAGACCCUUGAGGAAGAGCAUCUCAAACUCAAGUCUCAACACGAAGUUCUACACAAUAAAGAUAAAGGAGUCAAAAAAUUCAAAUCUGAGUUCCAUGGUCUCGGAAAGAUGGCCAUAGAACUUUUGAGGAAGUAUUAUAAAACACGACCGAAGGUUUUCUUGAGGAAUACCUCACCAGGAGAUAUCUUCAUGCUCACCAAGUGCAUUACAAGCCAGAAUACUUCAGUUCCCCUUCUACUAGAAUGUAGAAAUUAUCUUGUGAGUCUUGAAGCACUUGAUACCCCGCCGCAAGAUCUCCCAGCGUCAAUCAGACCUCACGAUUGGGAGCAUCUUGUUAAAAUUCGACGUCAGCAGAUUGACUUGGAGAUGAAGCUCAAGUCGAAACUGAUAGAGAUGCACGACAUUGAGAAGAUUGUGGGUGAAACUAACGGGAAAAUCGGGAAAUGUAAAGAGCUGAUAUCUAAUUGUGAAGAUAUCCUCAGAGAGAUGAUGAAAACUCAGGCAGAACGAGUGAAAGACAUGGAGAUCCAGUUGGUCUUGAAGAUGGGCCAGGUUGAAAUAAAUCUUAAGGGCCAGAGAAAUGAUACCUUGAAUGCAAAAUUAAUUCCUGCACAUCUUGUUAAAAGACUGAAUACUGAUGUCCGGAAAGCUGGUGAUCAGAAGCUGAAAGCUCUGGAGGAGAUGACGAAAUUUCAUAGAGGAACUCUUUUCAAGGAGUGGGAACACAAGAUCCUCGAGAUGAAGACGCAUGACCUUACUUACGAGUUGAACGAGAUCAACAGCCUCUUAGUGACCAAACGUAUGCGACAGAUUCUUAGGAAAAAUCAGCUAGGACUUUUGACUGAUGGUAAAACAGUGCAGGAUGUAGAGCGGGAGAUUGCGGCAAUGGAACAGAUCAUAGAGAAGACCAUGAAUGAUUGGUGGUCGAAGAUAGAUGCUAUAGAUAGAGAGAUUGAGGCAAAGAAGCGGGAAAAUUACGAAUUUGAUGAGAAAAUUAAGGAGAUGAACAUCAAUAAAUGGGAGAUGGAACUGAAAAGAAAUCUCGAGGCUGAGGAGAACUUUAAGGAAAUGACGAAGGGGGUGAGAAAGGCUGUGUUGCAGAGGGCGAGGCUAAGCCGGAAGAUUCAAAAGAAUUAUAUCGAUUUAUUGACGAUGAAAAUCGAAAACCAGCGGUUAAUAAUGAGGAAAUAUCCUGCUCUGCCGGGUGGCCGAGUUAUCCCCAUGAAUAAUCCUCACGUGGAACAAUGAAAUAAUAAUUUGAAAAUUGAUUCCAUAGUUCUCUAAUCUUUAUUGUUACGAAGUAGUAUUCCUUUAAAAGUUCCCAUCGAAAAUUUCCAUAUCACUUCCACAAUGAACCGCUUUUUUUUCUCACCAACGCUAUCGAAAAACCGAGAGAAAUCCAAUGAAACCUAAAGCCCUCACUCCAAUCAAUGCAAAUAGAAUGGCGGGGGGAAGUUGGGCGAGAGACUUCCUGGUGAAUAGCAAAGUGUUUGCGAUAGUCAAAUCAAACGCAUAAAAAGUAUUGAGGAAUAUAAAAAAAGG